GACAAUGAUGAGUAUGCCUUGCCGGAGCUUAGCUUGGAGGAGAAGAAGAUGUACGGCAAUUUCUGGUCCAGGUUUCGAUCGACUUCGUCCUUGAGCCUGGGAAGCGUCGAUGAAGAGAAGUCUCCGGUGAGCAGUGAGGUCGUGCGAUCCGGCCCUGCGCCCACUUUGCCUGCUGCAGAAGUUGUGCAGACCGGCCUUCCCAGCGAGCCAGAAGUUGUGCAGACCGCCGCUACGCCUGUGGCGGGGGUUGCUGUGGCCAGUCAAGAGGUUGCUGUGGCCAAGCAUGGGCCUCCUGUCGUGCCACCGAAGGUUGAAUUGCUGGCUGUUCCGCCACCAAAGCCGGCACAGCAGGCGCACGAGGCAGGGACAACGACAGCUCCGAUGAGCAAUGAGGCCAUGGCUACAGCGCUGGCUACGAUGCUCGGUCAGAUCUCUUCUGGUGGUCUUGAUGCAGCAGGCUUGGCCGCCAUGCAACAGUCGUUGGCCAGCAUUGUUGCUGGAGCAAAGGCUGCAACCCCAGCAUCAGGGGCCCAGCCUGGAACUGCCACCACUGCUCCCGUGGAGGCUGGAGCAAUGGCUGCAACCCCAGCACAGGCCCCGCCUGGAACUGCCACCACUGCUCCUGCGGCGACGCCGCCCGCUGUGGAUAAAACACUUAUCCAAGACAAUGCCCAGCCGGCUCCCCCCGCGCCUACGCCUAGCCCCAGCCCUGCUGCUGCUGUGCCUUCGCCUGCUUCUCUUCCUUCGCCUGCAACACCCAGCACUGCGAGCCCUUCGGGAGCGGUCCCGCCCCCCAAAAUCGCAGGCAUCGUCGGCCCAGUGAACAGCUCCACACACCGCGCGGAAUACCGUGCGUUUCAGCGCUUUUGUGAGAACAGUCCAGGGGCCCAAGAACUCAAGAAAGUGUGGGUCCAAGGAGGACCAAAGAAGAUGGCGAUGUUCCAGAAAUACAUCCUCACCGGAUGUGAUGCCAUGGCUCUGGAGUGUGCUCUCCAGUUCCGCCGUCAAAGAGAGGAGGAAGACAAGGAUGAAG